AUGGGGACCCCGGGCAAUAGGGGAUCAUGGGGCCCCUGUGUCCUUGCCCAAACUCAAAAAAGCCUAUGAAAAAGUAACCGUUGGCGUGUUUUAAAGCAAUCAACAAGACCUGCAGGCAGUAUUAGAGCUAUAGGAUAGCUGGUUAGGUAGUUCCUAACGGGUUCCCACCAGGGGGCGGACUCUCAACUCAUGGGGCCCCUGGGCAAUAUGGGAUCAUGGGGCCCCUGUGUCCUUGCCCAAACUCAAAAAAGCCUAUGAAAAAGGUACCAGGGGCAUCUCAUGGGGUCCCCCCUACUGACCCCAGGCCCUCGGGCAAUGCCCGAGUUUCCAAAUGGCCAGUCCGCCCCUGGUUCCCA